AUGUUGGACAUUGUCAAACGCUUGAUUGAUGGAAAUGUUGAAAAUAUGAGUGAACAGCUCUCGGUCGUUCAAAAUGCGGCUGCAGCACUUUAUGAGACAUUUAUGCCAAAUAAAUUAAAUUAUGAAGCUACGACAAUUAACGAAGAAAAAUUGAACAACCAAACAUUUUUGAACCAGAUUCUUUACAAUCUUUUGAAGGGUGUUGAAGAAGGUAGUGAAGUUGAUAAUGAGACAAUGGCAACUGCAAUCGCUAUUUGGGAGUAUUUCAUUUUUAAAUUUGAAAUUCCAUCAAAUACCGAAUGUAACAGUGACAUGAAUACUAGCGGAAAGAAAAAACGUAAGUAA